UAGAAACAUGGAAGAAAUGGCAAUGGGGUUUCGAUUCUUCCCAACCGAAGAAGAACUCAUCUCAUUCUACCUCCACAACAAGCUCGAGUUCGAAGACGACAAGACUAGCAACAUUCAUCGUGUGAUACCGAUCCUCGACAUCUACCGCCUCGACCCAUGGCAACUCCCGUCUCACUGCGGGGAGCUGUGCCACGGGGACACGGAGCAGUGGUUCUUCUUCAUGCCGCGGCAGGAGAGGGAGGUGCACGGGGGGAGGCCGAGCCGCACCACCACCUCCGGGUACUGGAAGGCAACGGGGUCCCCGAGCCACGUCUAUUCUUCGGAGAAUAAGGUGAUUGGGAUGAAGAAGAGCAUGGUGUUCUACAAGGGGAAGGCUCCCACGGGGAGGAAGACUAAGUGGAAAAUGAAUGAAUAUAGGGCUAUUAAGGAAGAUCCUACUAGCUCAACGCCUAUGUUGAGGCACGAAAUGUGUUUGUGUCGGGUUUAUGUCGUGUCGGGGAGCUCGAGGGCGUUCGAUCGCCGCCCUACUAGCGUGGGGGAGACCUCUUCAGCCGGAGUUGUGAAGUGAAAUCGUGUAGCGAUUUUAGUAUAGCUAGUUUGUGGCAUUAACAAUUUUUAUUUCAUGAUACUACUAAUUAAUGAAAAUGUGGGGUGUAGUUGAAUUUUACUGCUUACUGUAUUAAUUAGAACAGUGCUUAUUGAAUAAUAAGGUUGAUGUUGCAAGAUAUACACGUUGUACAU